UGUUUGCAUUGUUGACCUUCGCAGACAAUUAAUGAUCGGGAUCAGGUUAUUGAUACGAUCUUCGCAAUAAAUAACAUACCCAUUGACAUCUUAACAAACCCUGCACAGUAAUGCACUGAAUUUACUUGCUUUCUAACUUUGCACAUAAAUAUGCACAAAUAAUUGCAAAGAACCCCUUUAUUGUUCUGAUUCACAUUUCGCAUUAUCUCCUAUCGUGCUAAUAUUUCAUUUAAAAUUUUAGCCUGACAGCGUAGCGGUAGCACACUUACUUAUUAGCCUCAGGUUCAAACCCCAAUUUGCGCAAAUCCUUCAUUCCAUUCCGAAUAUCGAUAUCUUAUCGAUUCCAGAUAAGCUUAUAAGCUCUGAUGUCAUGCAACAUUUAUGUGAUUAUGAUGUGUGGCUCACUAUAGGAGAACCGCGUCAUUGCCAAUUAAUUAAUAAUCAAUUUCACUACAAACAAAGUGCGCACAAUCGUUUUUCUAGAAUUCAAAACACAAAUAAGAAUCUUCAGAAUGGGUGGAAAAUCGAAAAUUAUUUUGUCUUCCGUAAUCUCAAUAAUUUUCGUGUCCUACACAAUUUUCUCCAUUUCCCUCGUCCUCCUAACUUUCUCCACACCGUUUACCACCUCCCAAGACACGACAGGUCUGUUUUACUGUUCGGAUGCAAUUUGCGAAGAAGAAUUAAGAGCGAGACCCUGUCCCGAAAAGAGAACUUGCAACACCACCGGAUUCAGAACAUUUCUAGACCCUUCAAUCUGCAAUUGUUGCGACUACUGCUUUGAUUAUUUGAAAGAAAAUGAUACCUGUUCGCUAAACAGUCAGCAGAAACCGAUUGAGAUGUGUGGUCCUUACUUGACAUGUGAAGAAGCUGCGAAGCCGGAGGACCCUGCGACCUGCCAACUGAUCACCGUAGGUCCAAGAGAUAAGCCAACCGUGGACCCCGACUUUUGUAUGACGAAACGUAAACAGUACAUGGACGCGGAUAAAGCUGGGACUCUUGGAAUGGUCCAGUUUCUACCGGAAUGUGACGCUGGGGGAAAAUACGCUCCAGUCCAAUGCAUUCCUGGAUCACUAUGUUACUGCAGUAAUUCCGAGGGAGAACGGAUAUUUGGGCAAGCUCUCCCCCACGAGAAGCAAGACUGUGCAUGUGCCAGAGAUGUAGCGAGACUUCAGAGUUACGGAUUUUCAGGAAGGAUGCCACAUUGUUUGCCGAAUGGAGAUUAUGACGAGCUGCAGUGUGUCGUGAGGACCUGUUACUGCAGAAGUUAUCCCAGCAUAACGCAUCAUCCUCAGAAUAUGACGAGGCUAAAGUGUUAUAACUCGUCAUUGCAUGUGUACGACCCUGUUACGCCGUUGUAUUACAUGCGUCCAUGCGAGCUGGCAAGGGCAGAGGCGGAAAUUGAAAUUGCGGAAGCCGCAAUUAACAACACUGUCAUGAUUAUCAGCGACAUGCCCAACUGUGACCCGGACGGAAAUUAUGCCCCCAUUCAAACCGAUUGGGACAAGCAGUUUUGUGCUGAUUCGCAGACUGGAGAUGUUCUCGAAGAUUUCAUAGUUGAAAAAAUUUCUGGUGCAGCCGAUGCUAUGAAUUGUCAUUGUGCCAGGGCAAGGCACCUUUUGCGUGAAAGUGCUACGGGAAAACCACAAUGUUGCAAAAAUGGAAAUUUUCGAACUCUCCAGCAUAUUGGGUCCAUGUGGUUUUGCGUGGAUGAGUACGGGAGACAAGACGUUUCCGACGUUUCUUUAAAUCCUAUCGAGGUUCAUGAAGAACAAAUAACAUCAUUGCCCUGCUACAAAGAAGACGAAGAAAUCUCGAAUAUGGGAUGCUCCUUCUAAUUACACAAAUACAAUCGUACCUAAUUACUAAAUUAUUCUGACAAUAAACUAACAAUAAUAAAUAGAUACACAUAUUUUAAAA